AUGUUCCUCGACCGCUUUUCCACCGCCUCCCCAUCCGGCACUCCUCCGCUCCAUCGUUCCUAUUCUCCGGCACCGCGCCGCACCGCGCCGUAUCCCAUUGCUCCGGCCAAUCGCCCGCUCUUCAAUCCGCGCUCGUCUUCGCUUUCCCUCGCGUCCACCGCCUCCAGCAACAGCACCACUCCGGCACCGAGACCCCCAAACGGAUCAAGUCUCAAGCAUGAGCUGCCCCCGUCCCAGCCCGUCCUCGACCCCAUUCAAGUGCUCCAAAGCAUCGUGGGGACCGCAGCUGCUCCUGACACGCCGAAUGAUGGAAAACACUCGCCAGUGCUGGUGAAGCCUGCCCAGCUCGCUCGGAGCAUCGAUUUCGAUGGCAUCAACUUGGACGGCGUUGCCAUCACGGCAUCAGGGCCCGAGCUAGGUCGAGACAGCGCAUCCUCGGAGCCAGUGAAGGAUUUCGAGAAGGAAAAGGACAAGUUCGAGGAUCUUCACCGCUCCAUUGCCGCCUGCGAUGAUGUCCUGCGGUCCAUCGAGAGCUACCUCACCGGCUUUCAGGCCGACUUGAGCACCGUCUCCGCCGAAAUCGAGUCCCUACAGAAGCGAUCUGCCACGAUGAACACGCGCCUGGAGAACCGUCGCGUCGUGGAGCAGCGGCUGGGUCCCUCGGUCGAAUCCAUUGCCAUUCCUCCCGCCAUUGUCCGGCACAUCGACGAAGGCCCGGUCGACGAAGCGUUCGUGGUGGCCACGGCGGAGCUCGAGAAGCGCGCGAAAACCCUCCAGUCCCGAACCCAGGACGGGAUCAAUAUCAAGGCGAUGGGAGACGUGAGACCUCUCGUGGAGAGCACCACGCUGCGGGCGGUCGAACGAAUCCGAGACCACUUCGUCGCACAAGUGAAGGCACUACGGUCACCGAACAUCAACGCGCAGGUCAUCCAGAACCAGGGCUUUCUGAAAUGCAAAGACCUGUACGCGUUCCUCGCACGACACCAGCCGCCUCUGGCCGAGGACAUCCGCCAAGCCUACGUCAACACGAUGCGCUGGUAUUAUUCGAGUCACUUUGCGCGGUAUGACAAGGCGCUCGAGCGGUUGAAACUGCACGUGGUGGACAAAACCGAUGCCAUCGCGCAGCCGGACGACUCCAAGAGGAACGCGUCGAAAGGCAAACCGUCCGCUGGCCCAGAAGACCCGUUCACGGUCGGCCGUCGACUGGAUCUAUUGAAAGCCCCCCUCCACCAAGCCAUUUCGUCGUACGUGGCGGAGGAGAACAAGUCGACCCACUACCUGGAGACGCCCUUUCACGCCUUUAACCUCGCCCUCAUUGACAAUGCCUCGUUCGAAUACUCAUUCCUAACUGCCUUCUUCUCCCCAUCACAGAGCUUCCACGCCAUCUCCCGUACCUUCUCGGCCAUUUUCGACCCGACCUUCGCCAUCGGCCAAUCCCUCACCAAACGCCUAGUCGAACACUCCACCGACGCCAUCGGGUUGCUACUAUCCGUCCGAAUCAAUCAACAUCUCGCGUUCGAAGCGCAACGGAGGAAAGUGCCGUCCGUCGAGGGCUACAUCAACGCCACCAACAUGCUACUGUGGCCUCGCUUUCAAAUCGCUAUCGACCUUCACUGCGAGUCCUUGCGCCGCGCCACCUCAUCGUUGUCAGGACGUCCGUCGUCCGCCGCCCUGCUGGCGAGUGGUACCGGCGGGUCGUCCACGGCUCCAAAUCCGCUCACCCAGCGGUUCGCCCACUUUACGAGCUCGAUCCUCGACCUCAGCAAAGAUGCCGGAGAUGACGAACCACUGUCCAACAGCUUCUCCCGGCUUCGAAACGAGUUCGAGCUGCACCUCACGAAACUCGGGAAAAGCAUCGGGGACGAGAGAAAGCGCGCCAGGUUUUUGUUCAAUAACUAUAGUCUGAUCUACACUGUCUUGGAAACCAGCGAAGGACGCCUUGCGGAGGAGACCAAGUCGCAUUUCGAGGACAUGAAGGGCCAGUACGACUCCGUCUCCUAA